UUAUGCAAAACAAAAACAUAAAGGUGUCCGUCUCUCGAGUUCCACAGGCGCGAGGGAAGAAUCUCUAUCGCAACAGCACGCAUUGCAGAGAAACCCCCGAAACAUAUACACAUUCUGUAUAUCCUACGAACCAACAUUUUAUUGUUUCUCAAACGGGUUUUAUGGGUGAUCUCUACUUCAUUGUUCGGUGAUGCGAGCCAGAUUCACCCUGUAUAUUUCUUUUUUCAGUUCGCUAGGAUUCUGAUUGAAAAGCAAUCCGGUCGAGCACAGGGCGUCUGGAUCCAUUCAUUUGGAUGGCGAUUUUGGAGGAUCGAAGAAGGAUUUGGGCUACUUAAUACCACUUGUGCUGUGGCUUUUGUUUGAAAAAAAAGCAAAAAGAAAAAGAAAACUAACAUUAGCGUUGAUUUGUAGAUCAAUUGUUAUUGCUAACAUUAAGUUUAUGUUCUCCAACUAGGGUUUGGACGAUUUUGCUUUGCUUUGCUUUCAGGAGGUCAAAAAAUCUCUUGCUCUUCUUCACUAUUAAGCGCGCUAAGUCAAAAAUCUUUGGGUUUUUUCUUAGGAUUGGUAAGAUGAGUGCGCAGGCAGUGGAGUUUGGGAAUCGACCUGUGGACCAGUUGAAGAUGACAGAACUGAGAGAGGAGCUCAAGAGGCGGAAAAUAUCUACCGGUGGUUUGAAGGCGGAUUUAGUUAGAAGGCUGGAGGAAGCCCUGCGCAACGAGGCAGAAGAAAACAUCGCUCAGCAAACCGACUCCGAUGCAUCUGAUACCAAGGAGAGUGACACUGUACAUAAUUAUCACUCAGAAAGUCACAACAGCAACGAGGAUUUUGGUAUUGAUGAGAAAAACCAAAACCCCAGUGUCCAAAACCUGGAUAUCGAUAUUAAGAAAACCGAGAACAGCGACAAGGAAGACCACAGCAUGCCUAAUCCGGUUAUGGAGUUUUCUUCUCCUAAGCCUGAAGAGCCGAAACCUGAAAUUAUUGUUGAUGAUGCACCAGGUUCAUGUUCAAAAGACAGCGAUGCGGGACCGUUGGAAUGUUCCUUAAACCAGGUAGUAUCCGAAAAAGUCAGCCCAGUUGUAGGGUUUCAAGUAAAGUGUGAGUCUGUUUCUACUGAUUCUGUGUCAAUUCUAGAAGAGAAUGAACUAAAGGAUUCUUUGAAUGCUGAUAAUAAUGUCAAUGUAGAAUCAUCAGAGGUUGUUGUUAAACGUAGGAACAGCUUGCAACAAGAGUCCUCCAGGUACCCUGAGCCCCCACCACAGAGUAGUGGCGACAUUGGUUCUGAGUUGGUCGAGCAGCAUGUAGGCCUUUCUUUGGUUGAGGAGGGAAUGGUCAAUAAUGAUGAUGGUAGCAAUUGUAAAUUAGAUGGUGAUGGUAGUAGGAUGGUGGAACAACAGGAUAUGCCGCAGAAUGAAGAUAGUUUGGAUUUGAAACAUGGUACUGUGGGGGUUAAGAUUGAGAACAAGAAUGAAGAUGAAAUUCCGGUGGUGAAGUCAUUAAGGGAAGAUGAUAGCUUUGACACAAUGGCAAUUGAUGUUUGCAAUGAUGACAAGGAGAAAGAAGUUGGAGCCAAUGAUGUGCAAGCCUCAGUCGAGAAGAGAAAAAAAGAGGAUCAGGAGCCAGGACUGCAUGAGCCUGCAAAGAGAGUGCGACGGUGGAAUGUGGGAAAUAAUCUUAUUGGUGAUGCAGCGAAGGCUUCAACAACAGAAAGAGAGCUGCCAGUAUAUUCAUUUGCUUCUUCUGGCACUGUGUCAGCUUCAGCUGUUGCAAUGCGUGAGAAGCCACUCUCUGCCAUGAAAACUAUGCUGUCCAGAUCAGAUUCUAUUAAUAACGUUGAUUCUCCAAAAGAGCGUGUUGUACCGCCAUCGCAAAAGCCUCCAACAAAUUCUCUCCGAAUAGAUAGAUUUUUACGUCCAUUUACACUAAAAGCAGUACGAGAGCUUCUGGCCAACACUGGUACUGUUACAAAUUUCUGGAUGGAUCACAUUAAGACACACUGCUAUGUUACGUACUCUUCAAUAGAGGAAGCAAUUGCCACCCGCAAUGCACUGUACAAUUUGCAAUGGCCACGAAAUGGAGGGCGGCAGUUGAUUGUUGAGCAUGUCAGUCCAGAGGAGGUGAAAGACAAGGUUGAAGGGCCACCAGAGGCACCAGCUCCUGUGCAUGCACCAGUUGCUAUUCAACCCCAUUCUAACAAUGUUUUGCAUAAUCAAAUGCCAUUUAAACCCACUGGGCAAGGUGUGGCAGGACCUCCACAGCAUGCACUGCCUCCCCCACCAUCUCUGCCACUUCCACCCCCACCACCAUUGCCUGCUACAGCUCGGGAAAGACAACCUUUGCCACCCAAAAAAGUGGAACAGCCUGUCCAUACCCUUGAUGACUUGUUUAAGAAGACCAGAACAAGUCCUCGAAUUUAUUAUUUGCCAUUGUCUGAAGAAGAAGUUGCUGCUAAGCUUGCUGCAAGAGCUAGGGAUAGGAGUAGUUGACAUCUUGUAAAAGUCUCAGAUUCUGCUAUUCAGACAAAUUUGAUUAAGGUCAUAGUCAUGUUGAUAGUGCUGAUCGGAAAUAGUUUUUAAAGUUGUUUAAACAGGAUUAUUAUUUUAAAGGUCGUACAAUGCAAUCAAAAUUUUGGUUACCAACAGUUGGCUCUUGUCCUUGUUUUUUUUGUACCUAAUGGUUUCAGUUUUCAUCAGAAUGGUAUUCUAACAAUAUUAUUUUAUAUCAAGAGAAGUUCAAUGUGCGCUUAA